CAUGACCUUAGAAACUGAAGAAAUAAUAGUUAUAUUUUAAGGUUCUUUGAGGAAAUUAACGAAGCUUUCACACAAAUUUCUUAGAAAUCGAUGUCUGGGUAUGGUUAUGCGAAUAGAGGCUCCUCCACCUACAAUGGGGUUCCACCACGUGCUAACGAAUGGAGUGAAGCAAGCUACGCCUCCGAUGAUCAUGUGUGCCGGCCGGUCAUCGUCGAUGCCGAGGGCCGGAAAACGCCAAUUGUUGUGAGCAUGCCCAGCCUCUAUGGGCAGGGCUCUGUUGCAAAAGUUGAGAGAGUUGUUGAGCAUGUCCGUGUACCUGUAUUCACGCAAUACAGACAAAGCUCCCCACCCAAGAUUGAGCCAGUGGAGGAUUAUGGAUACAGAUAUAGCUCCCCGCCAAAGGUUGAGCCUGAGAAAAUGUAUGGAAGAUAUAGCUCCCCACCAAAGACAGUGAAGGACUAUGGAUACAGAAGGUAUAGCUCCCCACCAAGGUUGAACCAGUGAAAGACUAUGGAUAUAAGGUGGAUCAGCCAGCGAAAGAUUAUGGAUAUAAGUCGGCCGCGCCAGUGAAAAACCAUAGAUAUAAGGCAGUCGAGCCAAUGAAAGACUAUGGAUACAAGGCGGAUCAGCCAAUGAAAGACUACGGAUAUAAGGCUGCAGAGCCGGUGAAAGGCUAUGGAUAUAAGGCGGCUGAGCCAGUGAAAGAGUACGAAUAUAAAGUCGAGCCUGUGAAAGACUAUGAAUACAAGACGGAUCCGCCAAUGAAAAGUUAUGGAUAUAAGGCUGCGGAGCCAAUGAAAGAGUAUGGAUAUAAAACUGAGCCAGUGAAAGACUACAAUUAUGGCAGUGACAAAUGGCGCAGGCCUUCGAGUCCACCCGAAGAUCGCCCACAAGAAGCUGAGGAAUUCAUCACCAAAGUCCAGACCGAAGCUAGCCGACCCAACAGGUUCCCUAUAAAUGCAGCGAACUGGCGUCAAACCCCUAUCGCAAACAGGAAUAAUGGUGACUAUGAUGAUAACUACCGCAAGAAUGACGCCGCGAUGGAACCAAGUCAACCAAGCAUGGUCACAACUGGAGGCUGGAGUCAGCCAGCUCAUGAUGCCAAGCUCGGCAAACCUACUUCUGAUAUUGCCACCGCCAUGGAGAAUUUGAAGGAAGCUGCAACGGCUUUAUCUGUCACCACAGGACCAUACAAAAGAAACUCCUUUCCAGAAAUCAUUGGCAGCAAGGAGGGUUCAAGGCAAUACAGCAAGUUGAACGUGCCAUCUGGCUGGUGAGACUUAAACAACAACCAUCACUAGUAGGGAGGCUGCUAAGAAGUAUGGCGGCGUACCUGUUUGAGAUAUCCAUGCUUCCUGCAGGGAGGUUUGCAUGGAAAUGUUAGCCGGCCUACUCUAUCAGUCUCUGUUUCUCCUGUUAUUUACCAAAUAAUUAGUAUAUCCUAUGUGGCUUUAUGAGUAAAUAAUUAAUCUUAAUGGCAUGUAUUUUCUCAUAUUGUCACUACAAUAAACCGAGGUUUUUGAGUCGUUUU